GUUUCCGGUGGCGCGGCUUUGGCGGGGCUGGCACUGGCAAUCCUUCCACUGCAACCAACAGCAUUCUUAUAUCCUUUUAUUUCUUUCUCUUGCCUUUUACAUCCAUUUACCUUUCAUUCAGGUAGCAAACGUCCCUUGGGACGUGCACCUCUGUAAAGAUGAUGACGCCCAUGCGUUAUAUCUUGCUUGUCUUGGGUCUUAUUAUUUCAGUUCACUACAUUCUGAGCUUCACGCACGAAGAAUACGGAAAGGCGACAUCCAUCUCAAAUAUAGCCGAGCAAUGGACUGGCCCGAAGUCAAACCCUCCCUACAAAACGCCUGUGCCCGAAGAGUACUACAAGCCCGACACACCCAUGAACUUACAGGACCGCAAAGCGAACGCCACAUUCGUCAUGCUUGUACGGAACUCUGACCUUUCGGGAAUCAUGAGCAGUAUGAAGCAAAUCGAGGACAGGUUCAACAGGAAGUUCAAGUAUCCUUAUGUCUUCCUCAACGAUGAGCCUUUUACGCAGAGCUUCAAGGACCACAUACAAGCCUUAACUACUACCACAGUCGAAUUUGGCCUCAUCCCAUCUGAUCAUUGGCAUCAACCAUCGUGGGUUGAUGAAGAUCGAGCAACCAAAGCUCGUGACGACUUGGUUAGGAACAAUGUAAUUUAUGGAGGUAGCGUUCCUUACCGCAAUAUGUGCCGCUUUAACUCGGGCUUCUUCUACCGACAUGAGCUCUUGCAGCAAUACAAGUACUAUUGGAGAGUGGAGCCGGACGUCAAGCUUUUCUGUGACGUGGACUAUGAUCCCUUCCUUGUGAUGCAAGACCAAAACAAGGUGUAUGGUUUCACCAUAUCACUAUACGAAUACCAAGCUACUAUUCCAACACUAUGGAACACUGUAAAGUCUUUUAUCCAUGCUAAUCCUGACUUCGUGGCCCCCGACAACGCGAUGCAAUUUCUCUCUGAUGAUGGUGGAGAGUCCUACAAUCUGUGUCACUUCUGGAGCAACUUUGAGAUCGGAGAUCUUGACUUCUGGCGAGGUGAAGCAUAUUCCAAGUUCUUUGAAUACCUUGAUGAGCAGGGUGGAUUCUAUUAUGAGCGUUGGGGAGAUGCGCCAGUUCAUAGUAUCGGAGCCGCCCUGUUUGCGAAGAAGGAUCAGAUUCACUUCUUCAACGACAUCGGGUAUCGACAUGAACCCUUCCAGCACUGUCCGCAGGGAGAUGUCCAUGCAAAAGGAAAAUGUUGGUGCGACCCUGGCCAGAAUUUCGACUAUGAGUGGUAUUCAUGCCUGAACCGAUACGACAAGAUGUUCUCGUAGACCGAAAGCAUCAGUGCUGUCACAGCGUAUGUACUCAGCAGUGGGCGAUAUGUUCCUACAACACUAGAUACCGCACUCUACGAUCUGUAUACCUCAGGCAUAUCCGAGCACGAUAGACCUUAUUGCAUAUUGCACCUAGUCAAU